GUGAACUGGUUCACUGACCUUUGCUAAUCUCCCUCCCCUCUCCCUCUCUCUCUUACUUCGGUUUUCCAUUGUCCAAUGACUACAAACCAUAGUCUGCAAAUUUAGCUUCUUUAAAUCGAUUGAGUGAUGUUGUAGAGAGAGAAGUUGUGGAGUGAGGGAGUUUGUUCUUUUACUUAUACUUGUGGGUUUCGUUGUGUUCGCUGUGAUCGAAAGUUUUAAUUGUGUUGUUGGUGUUUUUUUGGGUUUGGAUUGGCUUUCUUUUCUUGAUGAUGGGUUCAGAGGGGAAAGAAUUGAAAUUAGAGAAAGACAGGGGAACCGAGCGAGAGAAGUGGCUGUACAGUUGUAUACAGCUUUGUACAUUUUGGUUUGGUCCUAAACACGGGGAUUCUUAUUCAUUGGCCUUCUCUUAACUGAACUAUUACACAAGCUAUAAGCACUCCACCUUGAGCUUUAAAAAUAUCCAACCCAAAACGUAAAACAAACUACUAAAGAAGAAGAACAAGGACCCUGAUCUGUUAAGAGAGUUCCUUUUUCUUUUCAGUAGUCAUGAAGAGACUUGGCAGCUCAGACUCCUUGGGUGCUUUGAUAUCCAUCUGCCCAACUACAGAUGAACACAGUCCAAGAAACAACCAUGUCUACAGCAGGGAAUUCCAAUCAAUGUUGGACGGCUUAGACGAAGAAGGUUGUAUCGAAGAAUCCGGCCACAUAGCCGAGAAGAAGCGCCGAUUAAGCGUCGACCAAGUCAAGGCCUUGGAGAAGAAUUUUGAGGUAGAAAACAAGCUCGAACCGGAGAGAAAAGUGAAGCUGGCCCAAGAACUUGGUCUGCAACCUCGACAAGUAGCUGUUUGGUUCCAAAACCGACGAGCCCGUUGGAAAACUAAGCAAUUGGAGAGAGAUUAUGGCGUUCUCAAAGCCAAUUACGAAACUCUCAAGCUCAACUACGAUUCCCUCCAACAUGACAAUGAAGUCCUACUCAAAGAGAUCAGGGAACUGAAAACAAAGCUCCAUGACGAGAGUGCAGUGAGCACUCUUUCAGUGAAGGAAGAGAUAGUCGUGGCCGAAUCCGAUAUCAAACCGAUCGAACAGAGCAAAGCAGCUCCGGACACUCCUCCUCUGCCCACAUCUGACUCAAAAGACUUGCACUUCGAAUGCUUCAACCAUACUAAUGGACUCGGGGCCUCGCUCUUCCCGGUGGACUUCAAAGACGGCUCGUCGGACAGUGACUCGAGCGCCAUCUUAAACGAGGAUAACAGCCCGAACGCUGCGACUUCUUCUUCUGGGAUCCUUCAGAACCAGCAGCUCUUGAUGUCUCCGGCGUCGUCUUCCCUCAAAUUCAGUUGCUCCAAUUCACCGCCGCCGUCGCUUACAUGCUUCCAGUUCCAGAAACAGUUCCAGCCACAGUUUGUGAAAAUGGAGGAGCACAAUUUCUUUAGCGGAGAGGAGGCCUGCAAUAUCUUCUCGGACGAACAAGCUCCGACCCUUCAAUGGUACUGUACUGAGCAGUGGAACUAAAGAAAGCAAACCCUUGUUUCAGAUUAUUAUUGUGAUAAAUAAAGCCAAAAAGCGGUACCUAAGUGAGGUCCAGAGUUGUGUAAACACUGUAAAGUGGAAGUGGUGGUGGAACAAGGGUCGUUACAUAAUUUUUAUAGCUUUGGUUUCGUUCUCCACUGUGCAAAGUAAAAGUUGGAGAGGAGAUCGAGCAGGGUUUGGUUGAAGCAGACGUGAGAUCAAAGCGGUGGAUGCAGCAAGAAAAUGGUACAGAAAUUGGAGCAGUAGAAUCGGAGAGAGAGAAACAGAGAGAGAGGAGCCAGAGGGUUGGUUUCACGUGGGGUUUGGUUGGUGAAAGUUGACGCCAAGGGAUUUUCUCUAAAAGCGGUGCGGGAAGGGAAUAUGAUUAGGUCGUAAUUGAACUCCGUGCUCCUACGAGCAGAAAGUGAAAGAAAGGCAUUGGUUAGAGAGAAAGAGAAAAGGUCUCCUCCCUGGCCUGUAAAAAAAUUUUAAAGAACAAAUGGUUCUUGAAUUAAUCCUUGUAAUGCAGAAAUAUUAAUUAUUAUCUCGCUUUUCUUUCUUUUCUU